CUCAAUGGGUAUCCUGUUACCAGCCUCUCAACUACAACCACUACUACGCAUUCUCCAUCCUCUGUCUCCUCGCCAUCCACACCGAGAGCCCAUUCUGCCAGAGCUGUCGGUCUCAGACUUACUAUUCCAACACGCGAUCUAUACACUGGACUUUUGUGUAACAGUCGACGUACCACACCAGUCUCUACUGCAACGGCAAUUGCCACAGGCGGCCCAAAUAAUGGUGCAUCAUUGGGUAGUGGUGUACCAGAAACAGGAAGCAUUACUUUCACUCCACUAACUGCCAGCUUGAGUACUGAAUUCGCUUCACCUCUUAUGGACUUGGUCAGAGAACAACCAUUUCUAAAUACCCCGGAUGUCGUGCGUACUCUGCGUGAGUAG